GAAAAAUAAAAGAAAAAAACGAAUCCUUUUCGUUUCUUCUGCACAGAAUCUUCAUUUUAGCUUCUUCCUCUGCUUCUCUCUCUCUUCUUCCACGAUUAAUCUUCUCUCUUGCUUUGUGUGAUCGAUUUUGGUGAAAUUGAGCUGAGUGUAUCUGUCCGCAUAGGUCUCUCUUUUUGGUUGUUUGUAUCUUUAGUAUAGAAUCCAAACAUCAUGGAUGGUGAACACAAUAGGAAUCCAUUUGCAAGUGCAAGUGCAAGUGGAAGUGGAAGAGCAGGGGGAAGUACAAGUGCGAGUUCCAACUCCAGUUUUAGUAGCAGUGUGGCGGAUACAGAUGAUGAUCAAACCAUUGCACGUAUAUUAGCUGAAGAUGAGAGCUUAAAAAGACAUGGCAUGCUUGGGAAGAGACUCUCUCAUCUAGAUUCCAUCCCUCACACUCCUCGGGUCAACACUAAAAUACCUGAUAUAAAUGAUGCAACAUUAGACCAUAAUCUGCUCUCUGUGAGGUUGGUCACAUAUGGGUUAGCUGAAUUACAGAUGGAGGGGGAUGGAAAUUGCCAGUUCCGAGCUCUGGCAGACCAGCUUUUCGGCAAUCCAGAUUACCAUAAGCAUGUAAGGAAGCAUAUUGUAAAGCAGUUGAAACAGCAACGAAAGCUAUACGAAGGAUAUGUCCCAAUGAAAUACAGACACUACACCAGGAAAAUGAAAAAACCGGGUGAAUGGGGAGAUCAUGUUACUCUUCAAGCUGCUGCAGAUCGUUUCGAAGCCAAGAUCUGCUUAGUCACAUCCUUUCGGGAACAAUCCUACAUUGAGAUACUUCCUCAUAACAAAAACCCUCUUCGAGAGGCUUGGCUUAGCUUCUGGAGCGAAGUUCAUUACAAUUCUCUAUACCCUAGUGGAGAUGUUCCCACGAGAAAACCCAGGAGGAAGCAUUGGCUCUUCUAGGAUUGGUGAUCCAGAUUCGUAUAAUCCAUACAUGUAUGUGUUUAAACUUUGUACUUACCCUCACUCUAUGUUGUUACAUGUCUUUAUCAUUGGUUCCCUCUCAACACUUCCAUUGUAAAAGAGCAAGUAAAGUUAGGUAUGUUAUUUGUUUUAAUUAAUCUUGACAUACUUGUUACCUAAGUAAACUUGAAAAUUAUUGAAUCAUAACGAAAGAGGACUAAGUAACAGCAAAUAGAUUAAAGAAGGGGGGACCAAUACCAUGAUGAGAUCAAUUUGAACGGACCUGAUGAAGUACAUUCACAUGGAGUCAUGGACCAAAUAACGUGUGAUGUAUAUUAGUAUAUUCAUUUUUUUUUUUAUAUUUGGUUUUUGAGUUUCAAACAAGUAAUUAAAAGCAAUGGCUCUUAGACCACAAGAAUAAAAGAAUCAAUGGGAUCGGACAGAAAGCAUCAUUUAUAGAGAGAAUCAAAGUGGUAAGUGCUCUCUAUAUAAUGCAGUUUUGUGGUCCUUGAUGAGAGGUUCUAGACUUGUAGUAUCCUUUUUAUUAUUUGAUUCCAUCAUUGUGCUCUCGUGUGUUGAAGUUAGAUUUGUACCCUCUUGGUAAAACUUGAAGAUUUAAAUGUUAAACCUGAAAGAAAAAACCUAUGAAUGAUGAUGUAAUAAAUUGUUAAAUCCGAUUUUGAACAAGAAAGAAAC